ACCACAUCUUCAAGCACCCGCCAUGCCCAUCUUCGACGCAACAGCCACCAGCGAACAGGUCAUCGAAGCCUUCAAGUCCAACAUCAAGGGCAAGACCUUCGUCAUAACCGGUGCCGGCAAGCCCAGCAUCGGCAGCCAGAUAGCCACAUCUCUAGCCAAAGCCGCGCCAGCACAUAUCCUCAUUGCCUCACGCACCCUCGGCAAAGUCCAACCCGUGCUCGAUGAAAUCCACGCCAUCGACAGCACCAUCAAAACCACAGCAGUACAGGUGGACCUAACAGACCAUGAGUCCGUCCGCCGCGCCGCAGACGAGAUCCUCGCCGCAGCACCCAAGAUCGAUGCCCUGAUCAAUAGCGCCGGGGUGAUGGCAAUCAAGGAAUACACCCUGGACAAGCAAGGAAUAGAGCUACAGCUCUCGGCCAACCACGUCGGCCACUUCUUACUUACCAACAUGCUCGUGCCAGCCCUCGAGGCUGCUGGCUCCGCUCGUGUAGUCAAUCUGACCAGCUCUGGGUACCUUAUCUCACCGUUCCGCUUCGAAGACUGGAACUAUCCCGACGGGAAAGAAUACGACCCCUGGACGGGGUACGGGCAAGCAAAGACAGCCAAUAUCAUAUUCACAUAUGGCUUGACCCACCGGCUACGACAUAAGGGAAUUGCCGCCAUCGCCGUCCAUCCAGGCUAUAACGGAGACACUAAACUCGGCAGUCACCUCACGUGGGACGAUUAUGCUGGCAUCUCUGCAGUCGCAGUACGGAAUACCGGGAGGGAGUUUGUUUUCAAGGAGCCGCGGUUCAAGACGUAUACUCAGAUCGCGGCGACGCCGUUGAUUGCGGCGCUCGAUCCGGAGUUGCAGGCUCUGGCGCCGGUGUUUAUGCAGAAUAGUGUGGUUAGUGAGGCUGCGGAGUAUGCGAGUGAUCUGGGGAGUGUGGAGGCUUUGUGGAGGUUGAGUGAGGAGCUUGUUGGGGAGGUGUUUCGGUAUUAGCUUUUCAAUAAGUAGAUGGGGAAGGUAGAUUUCUGGUGGCGUUCAAGCACCCUAGGAGUGGACAGGGGUGGAUACAUG